AUGUCUGAAGCACCAACUACCGAAAUUUCUCAGACUUCAAAAGGCGAAAAGAAAAAGAAUAAGAAAAUUCAAAAGGAAGGAGCUGAUGGCGGUUAUCCGUUAGAGUUAAACCCACCACCAGAAUUCUUGAUACAUCGCAUCAAAUUAUUCGAAGAAUGGAAGGCUGCUUAUGAAGAAGAAAUCAAGAAGAAGCCACAUGUUCCAAUUACUGUGACGUUUCCCGACGGGAAAACAAGAGAGGCAACUUCUUGGGAGACAACUCCUUUGGACAUUGCCAAAUCUAUAUCAAAAUCAUUGUCCGAACGUAUCGUAAUUGCAAAGGUUGAUGGUGAAUUGUUUGACUUGAUCCGACCAUUGGAGGCAGAUUGUACCCUGGAGUUUUUGGACUUUGAAAAUGAUGAAGGAAAAAAGGUGUUUUGGCAUUCGAGUGCCCAUGUACUCGGCGAGGCUUGCGAACGUCAUUACGGUUGUCAUCUUUGCAUUGGUCCUCCAUUAGACGAUGGCUUCUAUUACGAGAUGGCUAUUAAAGAUCGUGUUGUAAGUCAAAGUGAUUACGAAUCUCUCAAGAUGAUAGCAAAGAGCGCGAUCAAAGAAAAACAACCUUUUGAACGACUUGUUAUUUCAAAGGAAAAUUUAAUGGAAAUGUUCAAGCAUAAUCAGUAUAAGGUUCAUCUGAUCAAAUCAAAAAUUCCGGACGGAACUUCCACCACUGUAUAUCGUUGUGGUCCCCUCAUAGACUUGUGUGUAGGUCCUCACGUUCCUCAUACCGGAAAAAUCAAGGCCUUUGAAAUUACAAAGAAUUCGUCGUCAUAUUUCCUUGGCGAUGCGAAUAAUGAUUCUCUUCAACGUAUAUAUGGAAUCUCUUUUCCAGAUACAAAACAGAUGACCGAAUAUUUAACCUUUAUUGCCGAAGCAGAAAAACGGUAUCACAAGAAAAUUGGUCAGGAACAAGAAUUAUUCUUUUUCGAUGAGUUGAGUCCCGGUAGUUGCUUCUUCCUUCCAAAUGGCACCCGAAUUUAUAACACGCUCGUUGAUUUUAUAAGGUUGGAAUAUCGAAAAAGAGGUUAUGGCGAAGUGAUCACUCCUAACAUGUAUAAUACUAAGCUGUGGGAGCAGUCUGGACAUUUGCAAAAUUAUGAAGAGAAUAUGUUUUGUUUUGAAGUUGAAAAAGAAAAAUUUGCGUUGAAACCCAUGAAUUGCCCGGGACAUUGUCUUAUGUUCAAGCACCGAGAUCGUUCAUACCGUGAAUUGCCUAUCCGUUUUGCCGACUUCGGUGUAUUACAUCGUAAUGAGCUAAGCGGUGCUUUGACGGGGUUAACGCGUGUAAGGAGAUUCCAACAAGAUGAUGCGCACAUAUUCUGUCGACAAGAUCAGGUGGAAGAAGAAAUUAACUCUGCCCUAGAAUUCUUGAAAUAUGUGUAUGGAAUAUUUGGCUUCACUUUUCAACUUAAAUUAUCCACACGUCCUGAAAAGUAUUUGGGUACGGUUGAAGUCUGGGACCAAGCUGAAAAGAAACUGGAAGAUGCGCUUAACAAGUUUGGCGAACCUUGGGAACUUAACCCGGGCGAUGGUGCUUUCUAUGGCCCAAAGAUCGAUAUUACGAUUUCAGACGCUCUCAAGAGAAAACAUCAAUGUGCCACAUUACAGCUUGAUUUUCAACUUCCUGAACGUUUCGGACUCGAAUAUCGUACUCAAGCGAGUACUGAUGAUCAAUCAUAUGCUCGUCCGGUCAUGAUUCACCGUGCUAUAUUGGGAUCUGUGGAGCGCAUGAUUGCCGUGUUGACCGAAAGUUUCGGCGGAAAAUGGCCUUUCUGGCUUUCUCCUCGACAGAUAAUGGUCAUUCCGGUCGCUAAUAGUUUCAGCGAUUACGUCAAAAAAGUCGCAAACGCAUGUUUUGACGCUGGCUUAUAUGUCGAAACUGAUUUAGGUGAAAGCACACUGAAUAAAAAGAUCCGUAAUGCCGAGAUUGCUCAAUUCAAUUUCAUCUUUGUUGUUGGUGCUGAAGAGGAAUCCACAAAUUCAGUCAAUAUUCGAAAUAGAGAUGAUGUCGGUACCAAAACGAAAGGUCAGACAAUCCUUCUAGAGGAGGUCAUCAACAAAUUGGUGGCGUUGAAGAACGAAAAAAGAUUAAAGAAUAGUUUGAAUCGCGAAUGA